AUGGCGUGCAUUUGUGGGCGAAGCCACAGAGCAGUUGUGUUACUUGAUACGACAGCUGCCCUCGGAGAACUAGGAUGGAAAACAUUUCCUUUAAAUGGGUGGGAUGCCAUAACUGAAAUGGAUGAACAUAAUCGUCCCAUUCAUACUUACCAGGUAUGUAAUGUGAUGGAACCAAACCAAAACAACUGGCUUCGAACAAACUGGAUCUCCCGUGAUGCUGCACAGAAAAUUUAUGUGGAAAUGAAGUUUACCCUGAGGGACUGCAACAGUAUUCCAUGGGUACUGGGAACCUGCAAGGAAACUUUCAAUCUCUACUACAUGGAGUCAGAUGAGUCUCAUGGAGUAAAAUUCAAGACAAACCAGUACACUAAAAUUGAUACUAUUGCAGCUGAUGAGAGCUUUACCCAGAUGGACUUGGGUGACCGCAUUCUUAAACUCAACACAGAAGUUCGUGAGGUUGGGCCAAUAAACAAGAAAGGAUUUUAUCUUGCUUUUCAGGACAUUGGAGCAUGCAUUGCUUUGGUCUCAGUCCGUGUUUAUUACAAAAAGUGCCCUUUCACAGUCCGUAAUUUGGCUAUGUUUCCUGAUACUAUUCCAAGGGUUGAUUCUUCCUCUUUGGUGGAAGUACGGGGCUCCUGUGUGAAGAGCGCUGAGGAACGUGAUACUCCAAAAUUGUAUUGUGGGGCAGACGGGGACUGGCUUGUGCCUCUUGGACGAUGCAUCUGCAGUGUAGGAUAUGAAGAAGUGGAUGGCUCCUGCCAUGCUUGCAGGCCUGGAUUCUAUAAAGCAUUUGCUGGAAAUGUAAAGUGCUCCAAGUGCCCUCCACACAGUUUGACUUACGUAGAAGCAACUUCUGUCUGUCAGUGUGAGAAAGGUUACUUCAGGGCUGAGAAGGACCCACCAACUAUGGCAUGUACCCGGCCACCUUCUGCUCCGAGGAAUGUGAUUUUUAACAUCAAUGAAACAGCUCUCAUGUUGGAAUGGAGUCCCCCGAGCGAUACCGGAGGAAGAAAAGAUCUCACUUACAGUGUCAUCUGUAAGAAAUGUGGGUUGGACGCCAGCCAGUGUGAGAUUUGUGGGGGAGGUAUCCGUUUCAUCCCCAGGCACACAGGUCUCAUCAACUCCUCUGUGACAGUGCUUGACUUUGUGUCGCACGUGAACUACACCUUCGAAAUAGAAGCCACGAAUGGGGUCUCGGAGCUGAGUUUCUCUCCCAAGCAGUUCACAGCUAUCACGGUUACCACAGACCAAGAUGCACCCUCCUUGAUAGGUAUGGUAAGGAAGGACUGGGCUUCCCAAAACAGCAUUGCCCUCUCCUGGCAAGAGCCGGACUUUCCCCCUGGAGCCAUUCUGGACUACGAGAUCAAGUACUAUGAGAAAGUCUACCCACGGAUAGCGCCGGCAUUUUGGCACUACCUGCGGGUAGAAGAGCAUGAGCAGCUCAGCUAUUCCUCCACAAGGUCCAAGGCUCCAAGUGUUAUCAUCACAGGUCUCAAGCCAGCCACCAAGUAUAUAUUUCAUAUCAGAGUCAGGACGGCAGCAGGAUACAGCGGCUAUAGCCAGAAGUUUGAAUUUGAAACUGGAGAUGAAACUUCUGAUAUGGCUGCGGAGCAGGGACAGAUUCUUGUAAUUGCCACUGCUGCUGUUGGUGGAUUCACUCUCCUGGUCAUCCUCACUUUGUUCUUCCUGAUCACCGGGAGAUGCCAGUGGUACAUAAAGGCUAAAAUGAAAUCCGAAGAGAAAAGAAGGACUCAUUUGCAAAAUGGACAUUUACGUUUCCCAGGAAUCAAAACAUAUAUUGAUCCAGACACGUAUGAAGACCCAUCUCUUGCUGUCCAUGAGUUUGCAAAGGAGAUAGAUCCUUCAAGAAUUCGUAUUGAGAGAGUUAUUGGGGCAGGUGAGUUUGGAGAAGUAUGCAGUGGGCGUCUGAAGACACCAGGAAAAAGAGAGAUACCUGUUGCAAUUAAAACUCUAAAAGGUGGCUAUGUGGACAGGCAGAGAAGAGAUUUCCUGAGAGAGGCUAGUAUUAUGGGACAAUUUGAUCACCCAAAUAUAAUUCGCCUUGAAGGAGUUGUUACAAAAAGCAGACCAGUAAUGAUUGUAGUUGAAUACAUGGAGAAUGGAUCCCUUGACUCCUUUCUGCGGAAGCAUGAUGGCCACUUCACAGUCAUCCAGCUGGUUGGCAUGCUGCGGGGGAUUGCAUCUGGCAUGAAGUACCUCUCAGACAUGGGCUAUGUACACCGCGAUCUGGCAGCCCGUAAUAUCUUGGUCAACAGUAACCUCAUGUGUAAAGUCUCUGAUUUUGGUUUGUCACGAGUGUUAGAGGACGAUCCAGAAGCUGCUUAUACAACAAGCGGUGGAAAAAUCCCCAUACGGUGGACCGCUCCUGAAGCUAUAGCGUACCGGAAGUUCUCUUCAGCAAGUGACGCGUGGAGCUACGGGAUUGUAAUGUGGGAGGUGAUGUCCUACGGUGAGAGGCCUUACUGGGAGAUGUCCAACCAGGAUGUUAUACUGUCUAUUGAAGAAGGCUACAGGCUUCCAGCUCCCAUGGGCUGCCCAGCUUCUCUUCACCAACUAAUGCUUCACUGCUGGCAAAAGGAGAGGAACCACCGUCCAAAAUUUAGUGACAUUGUCAGCUUCCUAGACAAACUGAUCCGCAACCCGAGCACCCUUCAUACCCUAGUGGAGGAUGUACUUGUAAUGCCAGAUUCACCUGGUGAAGUUCCAGAAUAUCCUUUGUUUGUUUCAGUCAGUGACUGGCUGGACUCCAUAAAAAUGGGUCAGUAUAAAAAUAACUUCAUGGCAGCAGGUUUCACAACUUUGGAUAUGGUUUCAAGAAUGAGUAUUGAUGACAUUAGAAGAAUUGGAGUUGUACUCAUUGGACACCAGAGACGAAUAGUCAGCAGUUUACAAACUUUGCGGUUACACAUGAUGCACAUACAGGAGAAAGGAUUUCAUGUAUGA